AUGGGCUGGGGGGUCUCCUUCAGUGCCCUGGGCCUCCUGCUCUGUCUGUCCAGCCCUGUCGGGGGACGGCAAGACGAGGCACAGGAUGCAAAGUUCAGUGUGAGCAUCUCUGGGAAAAGGGUGACUCUCAGCUGUCCCUCAGGGAGCCAUUUCAAGGACAAGGACAAGGACACGUCAGCCAUCACAAUCGAGGGCGAGGAAGAUGUGGUUGAGAAGAAGUGCAGCUGCAAAGAGGGCGAGGAGAUCGUUGGAGACCUUUACCUGAAAGCCCGAGUGUGUGCGGAUUGCGUGGAGCUGAGCGUUGCCCUCGUGGCCGGCCUCAUCCUCUCCGACCUGCUCAUCACGCUGGGCAUCCUCCUCCUCGUCUACUACUGCGGCCAGAAGCGCAGGGCCCGCUGGGAGCGGAGGCCCCGGGAGGGCCCCUCAGCCAGAGUGCUGGUCCUCCGGCUCCGCGGGCUCGCGGGGUCCCAGGGCUCUGCUGAGCGGGAAGCCCUGUGCCCCCCCGCCCCCCCCCAGGCCUCGGUGCAAGGCGGAGGCACCAGGCUCUGGCCAGACGAGGGUUUCCGGGCUCAGCCUGGCCGAGGCAUCGGGGUGUGGGGGGGGGAGUGCAUUGCACCUCUGAGCAAGCGCGUCCUUCUGGGCCCAAAGGCAGACCGUCCCCCGCCUGUUCCGAACCCCGACUAUGAGCCCAUCCGGAAAGGCCAACGGGAGGUGUAUGCCGGGCUGGAGCCCAGGGCCCUCUGA